AUGCUCCACUCUCCCCCGUCGUGCACCUGUGUACUCCUCUCCUCCCGACUGCACCUGUGGAACUCCACCUCCUCGGACACCUUCUCUACACCGUCUGCAACCUUGUACUCUCUCCUCCACUGCACCUGUGUACUCUCUCCCCCUCCCCCUCUGCACCUUUGUACUCUCUCCCCCGUCUGCACCUGUUACGUCUCUCCCCCGUCUGCACCUUUUGGCUGUGACUGUCGUCCUCCGUCUGCUCCUGUGGACUCCUCCCUCCUCCGGACACCUCUCUCUCCUCCGUCUGCACCUGUGUACACUCUCUCUGCCGUCCUGCACCUGUGUACUCUCUCCCCCGUCUGCACCGUGUACUCUCUCCCCCUCUGCACCUGUGUACUCUCUCCCCCGACUGCACCCUGUGUACUCCCUCCCCGUCUUCACCUGUGGACUCUCUCCUCCUGA